AUGAACAGGGCACCCAUGCCUUUCCCUCCCCCACAGGCUGCAAAGUGCGACAUCCCACAGAUGAACCAAAACAAGUUGCCAUCUCGAGUCGUGGUUUCUCGGGUGAUAUCCAUUGGACAUGACUUCACACCCGCCUUUGUAGAUUUAGGCAGACAGUCGGUGGUAGGACGAGGCGCUCCACUUAUAAACCUUGGGGCGCGGGGACCACCGACCAGGAAGAUCAUCACGAGCCUGUCUGUGCACGACAGUGUUCCCCUAAAGAAAUCAGGGAAUGCCUGGAAACCAGGCAUGAAUAGGGUAAGUAUCCCAGCGGAACCAGAGUCCCAUAUAACACAGGACCUGUUCAAGAAGGUCCGCAGCAUCCUGAACAAGGUGACGCCUGAAAAGUUCAAGCAGCUGAUGAAGCAGGUGUGGGACUUGACCAUCGACACGGAGGAGCGGCUCAAAGGAGUCGUGGACCUGGUGUUCGAGAAGGCCAUCGACGAGCCCAGCUUCUCUGUGACCUACGGGAACAUGUGCAGCUGCCUAGCCGAGCUCACAGUGCCCACAACUGGUCAUCCCAACAACACAGUGAACUUCCGCGAGCUGCUGCUAAGCCGCUGUCAGAGGGAGUUCGAGAAAAACAAGGUGGAUGAUGUGGCGUUUGAGACGAAGCUGAAGGAGCUGGACUCUGCUGCAUCGGUAAGUACGGAGCGUGACCGACUUCAGGUAGAGCUGCAGGAAGCCAAGGACAUUACUCGGCGGCGUUCUAUCGGGAACAUCAAGUUCAUCGGGGAGCUCUACAAGCUCAAGAUGCUAAAUGGAACCAUCAUGCAUGACUGCGUGGCCAAGCUGCUGAAGAACCACGACCAGGAGUCUUUGGAGUGUCUCUGCAGGCUGCUCACCACCAUCGGCAGGGACCUUGACUUUGAUGAGGCCAAGCCUCGGAUGGAUCACUAUUUUAACUGCAUGGAAACAAUCGCCAAAGCGAGUCAGACGUCGUCUCGGAUAAGGUUCAUGUUGCAGGACACUAUAGACCUGAGACUGCAAAACUGGGUGCCUCGAAGGGCCGACCAGGGUCCAAAGACCAUCGAGCAGAUCCACAAGGAGGCAACCAUUGAAGAGCAGGAGGAGCAGAGAAACGUGCAGCAGCAACUCCUCACCAGUGAAACCAAGAGCCAGCCAGAUCCAGAGGAGCAGGAAGAUCAGCUCGCACAGGGGGAGGAGACCUGGAAGACCUACGACCCCAGCAAGAUGCCAAAGUUCUGCAAGCCUCAAAUGGACGAGAACACCUAUUUGGGCCCCCCGUCUCAAGUCACAUGGGUGAAGGGCUGCAGUGGAGGAGCCAAGGCCAUUGACUCAGCUCCAGAAGUGCAGCAAGUUGGUGAGAAGUCUUCCUCACCUGGGCUCGUGCAGCCUGAAGCCCCUGUGGAGAGACUGGAAGCUCAGUCCACUCCUCCCACAGGUGAACCAGAGCUUCCCCUCCCCUCCAGUCAAUGCAGGACAGGCAGAAAGCGCAGAUUUCGCAGAAAGCGCAGUGACAAGCAGCAGAUCUCUUCGCCGACAACGUCUCUGCCUGAUCCAAUCACCAGGGGAAACAGUUCAGAGGAGCAGCUGGAGAGUCCAACCCCACAGAGUGUCACCCAGGACCCUGCACCUGAGCCAGAGACUAGCAGAGCUCCAGAGCCUGAUGAAGCACCAGAAGUGCAGCCAGUUGGUGAGAGGUCUUCCUCACCUGGGCUUGUUUUGCCUGAAGCCCCUGUGGAGAGACUGGAAGCUGAGUCCACUCCUCCCACAAGUGAACCAGAGCUUCACCUCCUCUCCACGCUCAGCACACCUAUCAAUCUCCCACUCCAGGAGUCCAGGACUGAGCUGGAGACGGCGGCCCAUGAGCCAACUCUCAUGCCCCCUGCUGCACUCCAGCCCCAGGCCUCUAGUCCUGCUGACAGAGAAGCCUCCUCUGAAACUGUGGCUUCUUACAUGAGGCCACAGGUUCCCACUCCUCCUCAGACACCAGACUCUGACGCCAGGAAAACUCUGGAAAGUCAAUGCAGGACAGGCAGAAAGCGCAGAUAUCGCAAAAAGCGCAGCGACAAGCAGCAGAUCUCUUCACCGACAUCGUCUCUGCCUGGUCCGUUCACCAGGGGAAACAGUUCAGAGGAGCUGCUGGAGAGUCCAACCCCACAGAGUGUCACCCAGGACCCUGCACCUGAGCCAGAGACUAGCAGAGCUCCAGAGCCUGAUGAAGCACCAGAAGUGCAAGCAGUUGGUGAAAGGUCUUCCUCACCUGGGCUUGUUUUGCCUGAAGCCCCCGUGGAGAGACUGGAAGCUCAGUCCACUCCUCCCACAAGUGAACCGGAGCUUCACCUCCUCUCCACGCUCAGCACACCUAUCAAUCUCCCACUCCGGGAGUCCAGGACUGAGCUGGAGACCGCGGCCCAUGAGCCUUCUCUCGUUCCCCCUGCUGCACUCCAGCCCCAGGCCUCUAGUCCUGCUGACAGAGAAGCCUCCUCUGAAACUGUGGCUUCUGACAUGAGGCCACAGGUUCCCACUCCUCCUCAGACACCAGACUCUGACACCAGGAAAACUCUGGAAAGUCAAUGCAGGACAGGCAGAAAGCGCAGAUAUCGCAAAAAGCGCAGCGACAAGCAGCAGAUCUCUUCACCGACAUCGUCUCUGCCUGGUCCGUUCACCAGGGGAAACAGUUCAGAGGAGCUGCUGGAGAGUCCAACCCCACAGAGUGUCACCCAGGACCCUGCACCUGAGCCAGAGACUAGCAGAGCUCCAGAGCCUGUGAAACCUGAGCCUGUUGUCCAGAUGACAGAGAAACCUGUUCGGUCUGCUGAGAUGAUCCAAAGGAAGAGCCUCCUCGAGGAGUUCCUGCACAUGAACAAUUCAAAGUCGGACGCCUGCAGCUCUGAGGCGACUCUGUCCGACAGAAGCUGGUCUCCUGGGGACCUGACACAUCAGAUGGAGAGACACCUGCUGGAGGACAUGUCCAGAGAAAAGGAGAUCUUCAACUGUGUGAAGGAGAAGCUUGAUAGGUCUCAGCUGAGCUCGUCUCACUACCUGAGGGAGUUGAUGACGGCUGUGUGCAAGGCAGCAGCGAAAGAAAACACCAGCUGUCGCGUGCACACGGCCCUCAUUCACAACAGACUGCCUUUAUAUCUCAACUACCGUGACUCAGAGAGUGAGCGACAGCGGCAUGCUCUUCAGGAGCUUCAGGCGCUGAUGGUCACCCUCGAUCAGCCUCCAAACCUCCUCCGGAUCUUCUUUGAAUGUCUGAAACAACAGGAAGUCAUCUCAGUGGACGUGUCCUGCAGGGGGGGGACGAGUAAAGACCCGGCUGAGCAGCUGGGGACGGGCGUGGCCCUGAAGACCGUCACGGACUUCUUCACCUGGCUGCGGGAGGAGGAGUCUGAAGAUAAUUGA